AUGGCCGAACCUUCCAGCAACCCUCUCAUAUCAUCAAGACCCUCCGAGAGCGGCCUCACCGUGUCUCUGCACCCUCUCGCCCUGCUCACAGUCUCCGAUCAAGUUACAAGACAUUCAGUACGAAAACAAGAAGGGCCUGUUGCUGGCGCACUUCUAGGCCAGCAGAGAGGCAGAGAAAUCACAGUGGAACAUGCCUUCCCCGCAGCGUUGGUGGAAGGACCGGAUGGCCGAUGGCAGUUCAACUACGAGUGGAUGGGGACGAGAAUACAGCAAUAUAAGGACGUCCACAAAGCGCCAGCGCUCGAGUUCGUAGGCUGGUUUGCCCUCUGCCCGUCUGACGGCCCUCUGCCUGAAUUCGUGUCUCUCCAGAAACAAGCCAUCACCUUCUACAGCGACAAUGCGAUCCUGCUCGCCUUGCACCCCGAAGCUAUUGCGGUCGGGGCCCCGACAGGCGGCAAAUUGCCCAUCACCGUCUACGAGAGUGUCAUCGACGCUGAACCAAAAGAUGAAGGCUCAAUGCAAGUGGACGGCCAUGAGACAUCGGUCAUCAAGUUUCGCCCACUACCCUACUCGAUCGACACGGACGAGACGGAGAUGAUUGCGAUAGACUACAUCGCAAAAGGCGCCGGUAGCGCGGCGGCCAUCGACGACACACCCAUAGCGGUCCAGCCAAGCGAGGCUCUUCCGGCGGACAAGAAGGGCAAGAAGCGCGCAGACCCAAGCCCCGAGGCCGUGGAGACAAAGCCGACCAACGGCGUCGAGGAACCACUCAAGACACUGACAGCGGAAGAAGAAGACCAAAUCGCCGGGAUAACGACGCGGCUCAACAGCGUCAAGAUGCUGCAGUCCCGCCUCGCUCUCAUCCAAACAUUCGUGCAGUCUCUCCCCCCAUCAUGCCUCUCAAGCCCGCCGUCCUCGGACUCCGCCUUCCCAGACCCAGCUCACCUCCCUCACCUGCGCAACAUCCAAGCCCUCCUCACGCGACUCGCCCUUCUCACGCCCCCAAGCGAUGGCUCGUCCACCUCUGCGAAAAAAGCACUCGCAUCGGCCUCCCUUUCGCAAUCCAACGACGUCUCCCUCGCCUCCAUACUGUCCCUUCUCGGCCAAGACAUCCAAUCGCUCAGUGAACUGGGCCGCAAAUUCUCCACGGUGGAAUCCAACAAAACCGGUACAAAAGGCAAGCACUCACAGCAGCCAGGCGCCGGGGCGAAAGGCACAGCAGGCGUUGGAGGCGGAAUGGGCAGUGCCGGAGGUGGCUUCUCGGGCUUGGGUAACGGUGAUGGUGGAUUUGGCGGGGCUGGAUCCCAGGCCUUGAAUACCGUCGGCCCGCUGAUGUAA